GUGAUUUCCAGAUAGCUACAAUUUCACCAGACUCCCCUAUCAUUUGCAGUAAUUUGAGCUGUGCAUUAUUAUUCAGGGACUGAGUGUAUCGCUGCCCUGAAAUACACACCAUGUCCGACUACGAAGAUUCAAUGGACGUGGACGUCCCAUCCAAGAACACUAUCCAAUUCAGCUCCGACAACACAAAUGGCAAGGCAAAGCGAGUAGCAGCUGAUUUGCCCGUUGAAGCUCAAGAUAACCUCCCCUGGGUAGAGAAAUACCGUCCCAACACCCUAGAAGAUGUAUCCGGCCACCAAGAUAUUCUCGCAACAAUCAACAAAUUCGUCGAAGCAAACCGCCUCCCCCACCUCCUCCUCUACGGCCCCCCCGGAACCGGCAAAACAUCCACCAUCCUAGCCCUCGCGCGCCGAAUCUACGGCGCAAAGAACAUGCGCCAAAUGGUCCUGGAACUAAACGCCAGUGACGACCGCGGCAUCGACGUCGUCCGCGAACAAAUCAAGACCUUCGCCAGCACAAAACAGAUCUUCUCCAUGGCACCUUCAUCCUCCACCUCCACCUCCAGCUCCUCCAAUCUCGCCUCCUACAAACUCAUCAUCCUCGACGAAGCCGACGCCAUGACGGCCACCGCGCAAAUGGCCCUCCGUCGCAUCAUGGAAAAAUACACCGCCAACACGCGCUUCUGCAUUAUCGCCAACUACACACACAAGCUCUCCCCGGCACUCUUGUCCCGAUGUACGCGGUUCCGCUUCAGUCCGUUGAAAGAGGCGGAUAUCCGUGUAUUAGUGGACCUUGUGAUUGAGAAGGAAGAGGUGAAUAUUCAGCCGGAGGCGGUGGACAGUCUUGUUCGUCUGAGUAAGGGUGAUAUGCGACGGGCGUUGAAUGUCCUGCAGGCUUGUUUUGCCAGUAGUAUACCGUUGCCGAUGAAGAAUGCGCCCAAGGAUCAGGGUCAGGAUCGGCCCGAGGCUGAGGUCAUUACGAAUGAGACGAUUUAUGAUUGUAUUGCGGCGCCUCAUCCGUCGGAUAUUGAGGAGAUUAUGACGACGUUGUUGGCUACGAGUGAUGUUACCUCCUGUUUGAGUACCAUUAAUACCCUCAAGGCCAAUAAGGGCUUGGCGUUGGCGGAUAUUCUCGCGGCGCUGGGCGAUCAGUUGCAGAGGUUGGAAGUGCCCGCGCAGACGAGGGUUACGUGGUUGGAAGGGUUGGCGGAGAUUGAGUGGCGGUUGGCUGGGGGUGGGUCGGAGACAAUGCAGACUGGUGGGUUGGUGGGUGUGGUGAGGAAUGGGUGUGAGUUGAUGGGGAAAUAGAUGUCUACGAAAGAAGCUUAUAAUGUCAUGAUAAGGUUAAUUAGUAUACCAGACAGACAGUCACUUGAAGCUGUCGGAUGGAUGUCUUCCUCUCUCAUCACUUCUGGAUUCAUUAUCUCAUGUUGUAAUGUGCACA